AUGGUUAGCGCAGCCGAGGACCUGCUGAACCCCCUCCUGGAGGACGAUAUCAUAGAUAAAGGCUAUAUUCUCAGCAUUUCAAUCUACGUCGAAAAAGGGCUUGCUCAUGAUAAGACGCCAAUAGGAAAACAUGAAAGAGCCUGCUUUUACCAAGGUGUACCCGAUUAUGACAAAAUAGUCUCGCUCGAGGCAUCGGGAGACCAAAUCGAGAGGCUACCGAACAUUCGCGAUGAGCAAGGCCGGACCUUGGUGAUGGUUUCAGCGGCAGGCAGGUAUAGAGACCAGAUCCGAAAAACCAUCAAGGGCUUUUUGCAUCAUGGUGUGAGGCUUUCGGAGCUGGAAUACCAGCCGGAGUAA